AUGCCAGAAUUCGGUUUGCUUCCAAAGGAAUACAAUGCUCGAGUUCAUGGAGCUUACUUCCCAGGUUAUAACUAUGGACCGAAAGAAAAACAGCUCGGUGAUGUAAAGAUGGGGGAACUCUGGCCCUACAUCAAAACUCGUAGUCGCAAUCCCGUUGACUACAUGAAAGCCUUCUCUCGUUUCACCUGGCGUUAUCGUCUUAAGUGGCUUUAUCCACGCAGAACGACUCUUGUGCCAUUCUUCCAGCUUGGCUUCUUUUUUGCCGCUUGUCAAUAUAUCAUCAAUUACAAAGCUCACCAAACUGAGCGUCAUGCUAAGUACCACUAG